CCCGGUUGUCUUGGAUUUACCUCUGCAGUGCUAGAGACUGCUGAGCUGUGUUGUUUUUCUGGAUAUGUGGAGAGAAACACAUUGGCUGUCCCCAGCAAUGGUAGACUGAUUGCCAUAACUUCCCUCCUUUCUCUUUCUCUUUCAGUCUUUCUCAGUUUUUCUAUCUCUCUUUGUCUCUUUUUCUUUCUCCUCUUCUUUCUCGUUCCCUCGCGCUCCCCUCAUGGGGCAGCUGGUUUCGUCUCCAGGCGAGCGGUCUGAAGCUCAGUCCGCUCUGGGCUCUCUCCUCUACAACGCCAUGCUAGAGCAAGGAGCCCUGCCAGACAUGGGUGUAGACCACUCCUUCCUCGGCAAUCCUGAGAGCAAGGAGUCCCAAGCCCACCUCCAGGCCCACCUCCAGGAGCUGCAGGGGCACAUGGGGAACCGGGCCCCGGCCUACCUGAAGGAGCUGAUUAGUCGACUGGUGGCAUUCUCCGAGGAGCCCAGGGUGGCCGCGCUGGUGGGCCUGGUGGUUUCCAUGGUGUUGGAGACGGCGUACGUGUCGUCGCGGGGGUCGUCGCGGGGGUCGUCCUCGAAGGCGAAGAGCCAGGUGGAGGAGAAGAGGGCGGAGCUGUGUGACGUGAUGGAGGAGUAUCUGAAGCGCUGCAGGAUGCACCUGAGCGAGAGAGACAAGCUCCACCAGGACACCCUCCGUCUGGAGGGGCAGCUCAGCCUCCUGCUCACCCAGCUCAAGAGCUCUCUGCUCAGGGAGGGCUGCUCCUCCAGGGGCCUGAAGCACUGGGCCAGCGGGGCAGCCCUCCACACCCACAUGUUGGUGCACCUGGCUGGGCUGGAGCAGAAAGGAGAGCCCCUGGCUGCCCUGGCGGCCUUGGAGCAAUACCACAAGGACAUGGAGGAUCUGAUCCCUGCCUACAGGCGCUACAAGGCCGGCACAGUGUCCGUGGUGAAGUGUUACGGGGGGCUGUGCGUGGGAGGAGACCCCCAGAGUGAGGGCUGUGUGACCGGUCUCACCCUGGUGGACAGAGAGACCGGCCAAACUGUUUCUGUGUCAGUCCCAGAGGACGCCCCGUACAGUCCGGACCUGGUCACUGCAGACCAGCUCACACAGGCCUACCUGGACCUGCUGCUGUCCCCACAAGGCCCCCUGGUGGACCUGCACCGGUACUUCACCUCUGCCAGAGACCGAAUGGGAACGCUGGGAGCGGGGAGAGCAGGCUUGGAGGAGCAGCUGAGCAUCGUUGAAACAGAGCUGCUCGCGAGAGGGGAGGUGAACACUGUGAACACACCUGUGUCCUGCAGCACGUGUUCAGACACACACGCUGAACACAGGCCGGACAGACACUGAAAAUGUUCACAUUAAAUGAAGAAGUUACACUUUUAAACUAUACUUUGACGGAAAGUGGAAGAAUACCAUUAAAUAUACUUUAUAUAUAUCGAACAAUGUUCUGUGUCACCUGUACUAUUGUGCCUAUUUCUUCCUUUGUCCUGUAAGCUUUGUGGUGCAUUGUGAAAUGCAGUACAAAUUAUAGUCAAAAGUCUCCCCUGUCCAUCACUGAAAUGAUGAUUGGUUAGCCAUAAACUCCCCCAAAAAGGUUUUUAUUCGAAAAAAAAAAAUCUAUAGAAAAUAGUCAAAGCCAUUUCUUCACUCACUGAAUUACCACAAUAUAGCAUUCAGUUUUUUUUCCACA